GGCGGGGAGGAACAUGAUGGCUGCGGCGGCUGCGGGCGAGGGGCGCCGGGUGCUGGUGUACGGCGGCAGGGGCGCGCUGGGCUCGCGAUGCGUGCAGGCGUUCCGGGCCCGCAACUGGUGGGUCGCCAGCAUUGACGUGGUGGAGAAUGAAGAGGCCAAUGCUAGUGUUGUUGUUAAAAUGACAGAUUCGUUUACUGAACAGGCUGACCAGGUGACUGCAGAGGUGGGAAAGCUCUUGGGUGAGGAGAAGGUGGACGCCAUUCUUUGUGUGGCUGGAGGAUGGGCCGGGGGCACCGCCAAGUCCAAGUCUCUCUUUAAAAACUGUGACCUGAUGUGGAAGCAGAGCAUAUGGACAUCGACCAUCUCCAGCCACCUGGCCACCAAGCACCUCAAGGAAGGAGGCCUCUUGACCUUGGCUGGCGCCAAGGCCGCCCUGGAUGGGACUCCUGGGAUGAUUGGCUACGGCAUGGCCAAGGGUGCCGUUCAUCAGCUCUGCCAGAGCCUGGCCGGGAAGAACAGUGGCAUGCCACCUGGGUCUGCCGCCAUCGCCGUGCUCCCGGUCACCCUGGAUACCCCAACAAACAGGAAAUCAAUGCCUGAGGCUGACUUCAGCUCCUGGACACCUGUAGAGUUCCUGGUCGAAACUUUCCAUGACUGGAUCACAGGGAAAAACCGACCGAGCUCAGGAAGCCUAAUCCAGGUGGUAACCACGGAGGGAAAGACGGAACUCUCCCCGGCAUAUUUUUAAGCUUCAUUCGCAAUGCCUUCGAGGGUCCUGCUAGAAAAGUCACUAACCUCUCAGUGUGUCCUCGUCCGGCCCUGUGUUAUCUGUAGCCCUGUUCAUGGUACAAGAUAGUGAAUCCUGUUUUUUCCCUCACCUAAUGUGCACUUGCUCUCCUAGGACAGUGUAAUAUGUUUAUGUGAAAUAAAAACGUCUGAGAGGGCUGGCUGAUUAGCUCAGUUGGUCAGAACGCUGUGGGCACUGAGGUAGAGGGUUCAGAUCCACACACUGGCCCAGUCUCCAAAAAGGACAAAAAACGAAUGAGAGUUGAAGCCUGCAAAUAGCUACUGUCAACCUGCGUUAACUAUAUAAAGAGGUCUCUGAUCAGCCCUGUCUAUACUGGCGGCACGUUGAAUUGCUUUUGGGACUUUUUCUUUCCCUGACAGUGGCUGUCACCUUGGAGGUUCAGUGAUUUGAUGGUAUUGGGGGAAUUUUGAGGACUGAGUUAUUUUUGAAUGUCAUGUUUAUGUCAUAGAUGUAGUUUUUGUAGCCUUGAAGUACACUGCCUUAAACCUUUUUGUGGUGUAAGCAAAAUCCCGUGGAUGCUGUCAUGGAAUCCUUUUUCUGUGCCAUUGCCAAGUGUCCCCUGGCCUAGGGCUAAGUGUGCAAGAGAACUAAUACUUGUGAGUGUUUGGAGUGAUUUUCCUAAUAAAUGGACUGCAUUUA